AUGUCGUCGCAGUCGACCUCGGCCACUCUCUUCUCAAUUGCCGCAGACCUCCAACCGUGUCGCCUGCUAGAACUCCCUCCAGACCUUCUCGAAUACAUCACCACCUCUGAUACUCCCACCCUGAGCUUCAAAGCCAAAGACGCGACAGAUCCUGAAGCCUUCUUGACCACAAGAGAGAAGACCUACCUCUUACGCCAGGUCCACACCUCCAACACCGUCUACAUCACAUCUCCUACCUACAAUGCCCAAGGUACUACCGCCAUCUCACAAUGCCGCUCAGCCCUCGAGUGUCUGCCCGCGCCCGUCCGUCAUGCCGAAUCCACUCUUCGCUCCCUCUUGAUACCGUUCGGCGAGCCACAAGACAUAGAUGUCCGCUCCUCCGAUCCGCACUCUAAAGAUUACGUUUUUGCGCAUACUCCAAUGAGCCACGACGAGUGCCAGACCGUCUGGAAAGAUCUGGUCGCCUUUGAGCAUUCUGGCCAAAGCUUCCGUCCUACUGCCGUUGCCCUUGCAAGAGUCUGGAAAUGGUUGUUGGAGAUAGCAUACGCGAAUGCCGUUAACCUGGCAGAGCCUAUAAAAAAAGAGGUUGUUGACAAGAUGCUUGAUGGGGAAGACGAGUGGCCAAGGAAUUUGGUCGAUGCCAUCUUCUCGAAACUGUCGGAGAACGAUCAAAGCUUGCUGCAACUUCAGCAGCAUGCCACCGUGAAAUGGGUGGGCUCCAACACACUGGAAUCGUAUCGUCAGAACAACACGCAGUCGAUCGUGAACACGUCGGUAUUUAUGGAUGCCUGGAAAGACGCCCUUCCCGGGACAUGGCGAACCGAGGCAAAUCUGGAGAUGCUCAAGGCAAGUCUAUAA